AACGAGGCUGAGGACUUCCCCGGUUUCCUUUCACUUUUCGAAGGAGGCGUCGUGUCAGUUUAUUAUCAGUGGGAAUGCAGAUUUCAAUUACGUGCAUGUCUCCACAUAAGUCUAAUCACCAUUGCGCCUACAUUCGCAGACACCGUUGAACCCCAGUAGACACAAUGGGUGGUAGAAACAGCAAGUCCUAUUCUACCAGGGAAAAGGGAUCCAAAAAGGCUGCAGUCGAGCCCAAAAAAGGUAAAGCAGACAAGUCCGAGUAUGUCGAGGGUGUCGUCUGCAAGGCGAACGAAAUCUCCGACAAUGAGAUGAAGAUGCUUCCCCUGGGCGACGAGGGUGGGAAGAUCCUCCUCAUAAAGCAGAAGGGCGAACUCCACGCAAUAGGCACGAAAUGCACCCACUACGGUGCCCUCCUGCACACUGGAGCCCUCGGGGAGGGGAGAGUGAGGUGCCCCUGGCACGGAGCCUGCUUCAACAUCAAGACAGGCGACAUAGAGGACUACCCUGGCCUGGACUCCCUCCCCUGCUACAAGGUCACCGUGACCAACGGUGACGUUAAGGUCCAGGCACGACGAAAGGACCUAGAUGCCAACAGACGAAUCAAGGAAUUCACUUGCAAACUCGAUAAUCAGAGAACUGUUGUCAUCGUCGGGGGUGGACCGGCCGCCGCCACUUGCGCCGAGACACUUCGUCACGAGGGCUUCCCAGGUCGUGUGAUCAUGGUCUGCAAGGAGCCAGUCCUACCCUAUGACAGGAUAAAAGUCUCCAAGACCAUGGAUUUCGACAUUGAGAAGUCACUUUUGAGAUCCCAAAGUUUCUACGACGAAAGAAGGAUCGAGACAAAGUUGUCUACCGAAGCUGUGAGCCUCGAUGCAGCUGAAAAAACGAUAAAACUGAGUGAUGGGGAGAGCCUUAGGUACGAUUACGCUUUCAUAGCAACUGGUAGCAAGCCCAGAAGACCCAGCAUCCCCGGUUCAGACCUGAGGAAUAUUUUCGUGCUGAGAAAUCACGCAGAUGCAGCAGAAACAUUCAAACAAUUGUCUUCUGAGAAGAAUCUCGUUGUUCUUGGUCAGAGCUUCAUCGGUAUGGAGGCUGCUGCCUACUGCUCCAAUAAAGUUGCCUCAGUGACGGUUGUGGGGAGGGACAAAACCCCUCUCAAAGCUGUCUUCGGGGAAGAUAUCGGCAACAAGGUGAGGGAGGAGUUCGAGGGCAAGGGGAUCAAGUUCAUGUUCGAGACGAACAUUGAGAGGUUCAUUGGGAGAGAGGACGGGAGUCUCAGUCAGGUUGAACUGACCAGUGGGGAGGUGCUCCCAGCUGAUAUUGUCAUUGCUGGAAUUGGAUCGACGUUGUACACCGACUGGAUGAAGGAAUCCGCCGUGGAGAUGAGGGGGGAUGGGUCUGUCGUAGUGGAUAACCAUCUCAAGACGAGUGUCGAGGGGAUUUAUGCAGGGGGAGAUAUCGCUUAUGCCCCUGUCUUUGCCUCCAACGAUGAGCCAGCUGGGAUUGGACACUUUUCACUGGCACAUUACCAUGGGAGGAUUGCUGCUCUCAAUAUUUGUGGGAAGGAUACCAUACUCAGGGCUGUUCCUUAUUUCUGGACUACUUUGUUUGGGAAGAGCUAUCGAUAUGCAGGUCAUGGAGCUGCGAGUAGCAUAAAAAUCCAUGGGUCCCUCGAGACCUCAAAAUUCUUCGCUUAUCACUACAAAAAUGGCCAAGUCAUCGCUAUGAGCAGCGUCGGAAUGGAUCCAAUAGUAUCAGACUUUGCUGAAUACAUUCACGAGGGAAAAACCCUGACUCAAGAGGAAGUGGAGGCGGAUCCCAUUGGUUGGAUGAAGAACAAGCCUCUGGAUGCCUUGAAAACCUUCUUCCCCGAGAAGUUCGUCUCGUCGAUGGGGUGCUGUGAGAGUCAACAAAAACGGGCCUAUCAUACUUUAACCAUAAGUCAACGUAAUAUUAACAACUGUCGACUGAGUAAUUACACGAUGAAUAUGGCCAGACUAUUGUUCAAAUGUUUCCGGAGACUCGUCCGUCCUUAAUUAUUGAUAUAUGGAGGGAAUUUAUUAUUUUAAACAAGUGGUCAAACGUUAUAUGAGUGGAAUGAUAGAUUUUUCUAAUCGUUACAGUUUCUCGCGGACGAAAUUUCUCCUGAAAAAAGACUCCAGUGCAUUUCACGAAAUAUUAUCGAAUAUGAAAUACAAAAAUUUAAAAAAACUAACGCAGAUAAAUUCAAAACAUCUCAAUGUUAACUAACAACAAUAUUACACUCGCCUUUAGCCUCAACCAAUACAUUAAUUAACGAACAAAAAAUACACAAAAAAUAAGUGGAAAAGCAACCGAAAAGUUCGCAUUGUGAUUAAGCGUAAUAUAACAAAAUGAUCAACAAAUCGAACUGUAUAAAGAGGAAUAAAUGCACGCAAUAGUAAAUCGA